AUGGUCACAGAUUUAUAAGAAAGAAGUGAUUAAAUUAAUUCUAGUGAUUAAAAUAAAAUUAUAAUUAAAGAAAUCAGUAUUGAGAGUGAAGAUUAAAACCAGAAAAAAAUUAAAGAAUCUAAAAGAUUAUUUAAUGAAGGUAUAAUAUAUUUAACUAUUAUUUAGGAUCUGCAUUAAACAAUUAGAAUAAGUAUUAAGAAGCAAUUGUAUGCUUAGACAAAGCUAUAUCUAUUAAUAAUCAAUAUGAUUUUGCAUGGAAUAACAAAGAUAAUUAAUUGUUAAACAUUAUUAUUUAGGAUAUGCAUUAUAUAAUUAGAAUAAAUACGAAGAAGCAAUUUUAUGUUAUGACAAAGCUAUAUCUAUUAAUCCUCAACAUGAUUCCGAUUGGUUUAAUAAGGUCUAAUAAGGGCAUUUUAUAAUAUAAUUGA